GUAUCGUGAUCUAAUUAAAUCCAUUCAUCAUCGUUGACAAGUCGUCCAUCCUCGUGGGUAACAGGAGAACCAAAACCAUCUUCCAAGACGACACCAGUCAUCAAAGAAAUGUCAAGCUUAGUCUUAACUCCCCAGCUUGUAAAGCUGGAGACCGGAGAAUUUGAUCUCGGCACUGUGUUUCGAUUAGUCCUCCAAAGGCGGAAGGUGCGAAGCCCGCUUGACUGUCUCGAACGGUGCGUUAAUUUGCGGUUUCUGGACUUGUCACGGAAUGAAAUCACUACAUUGGGUCCCGGUCUGAGUAGGUUGUUGCUCUUGGAGUACCUAGACGUGUCGCACAACAAGUUGGGAACAUUAGCGGGCUUACCAGGCCAAGGCAACCUCUUGCGGACUCUCAGGUACUUAUAUGCUUUUUAAGGCUUAGAGUUAGACGCUUCUGUGAGUCACAACAUGGUUGUCGAGCAGGACGACGCUCAUCCUCUUCAUGUUUCGGUCCUUCGCCUCCCAUUCUCACCCAAGGAGACUGGAGAUUGGAGUAAGGAGUGGACGUACCUGCUAACCCUAUUGUGUGCUCCUGCAACUACUACAUUUUCAAUUUACAAUUCCCAUAGCAUGGCCUGAGGACUGCGACUGAUCUCACCUGUCUUUCUCAACUACAGGCUUCAAGGCAACCAGAUUCAGCGAGUUACAGAUCUCGAUGCAUUGCAGGGUCAGACGACGAUCGAGCAUAUCUCGUUUCAGAACCUUGACAAUACAGCACCGUGUCCCGUUUGCUCUCAUUCGCAGUAUCAUUUUUGAGUUCUUGAGUUCUUCAUCAUCUAGAGAAAAAUGGCAGUAGCGGCUGCGUCUGCGGCAUUUCAACUAAUAUUUUGCGAAAGAAGCUCACUAGUAGGAAGGCAUUGACUUACAUCCUUCAACAUCUUGCCUAAGUAUGCUAACUCCUUCCUUUCAGUUUCACACCACCUCAAAUACUGGCAGGUACCGCUCAGCCCUUUUCGAUAAGAAGAAGCUACCAAACCUGAAAUCGCUCGACUACGUUCGCCUUCACCUACCAGACCUUGACGAAAAAAUAGAGAGGAUGAAAAAUUACAACCCAGAUGCGCUGUUUAGCAACUCCAGAGGUGGUACAACUAGUACUGAACAAGCAGGUGAUGGGGGAACAGGGAACAGUAGUGGGAGUUUAUCUAGUGCUGGAAACAACAACUCGAACUCUUCAUCAUCAUCUGGAUCUGGAGGGUGGUUUCUAGAGGAAUUGGCUGCAGGUGGCUCGUCAUGGGAAGCGUUGAGUCCAUCAUCGAAAAGACAAAGAGAUCAAGCUCAAGAUGCGCUACUAGCGGUGCUGAAAAAAUCUAAGGACUGCAUUCGAGAGGUCUAUCAGAUGGUAGAUCAACCGUUGGAGAUCGAGCCGCGAGGAGGUAGCAAACUUUUGAAAGAUCAUGACGGGAGAGACGAAGAGGAUAUCGCUAGGCCAAUUGAGGAGGGUGGAGAUGAUAGAAGUGGAGUAGAACAAGCUGAAAUCGCGGGGCAGGAUCUACGCGACGCAGCGCAAGAAGGAAUAACAUAA